GCUGGUCCCCUCCCCACAUGUCCCCACACCCAAACGUAUAUACUACACCCACAUCUCACUCUUAUCCCACAGCCAAUAAGGACUAGAUAAGCUCAAGUAUCACAGUAACACAAGGACAUAUUCCCGGAGUAGAGGCAGCAGAUUCCCCACACCUUCGUCUUCACAGGAGCUUCUCUUCCUCCCUGAGCUGCGAGUUCUGCUGUCACCAUGUCCGACAACGAGGAAGUGGAUCAUUUUGAGGCCCAGGAGGAGCUAGUAGAAGUAGAAGUAGCCCCUGAGGCGGAGGCCCAGGUAGAAGCAGAGCCCGAGGUAGAAGCAGAGCCCGUGGUAGAGCCAGAACCAGAGGCAGAACCAGAGCCACAGGAGGUGGUUCAAGAGGAGGAAGACGCCUAUGAAGAGGAAGUGGAGGACGAAGAUCUAGAUGAAGAAAAGCCGAAGUACAAACCAACUGCUCCCAAGAUCCCUGAUGGGGAGAAAGUAGACUUUGAUGACAUUCAGAAGAAACGUCAAAACAAAGACUUGGUUGAGCUACAGUCGUUGAUCGAUGCUCACUUCGAGUGCAGGAAGAAGGAGGAGGAGGAGUUGAUCUUUCUUAAGGAAAGAAUUGAGAAGCGUCGUGCUGAGCGAGCAGAGCAGCAAAGGAUUCGUUCGGAGAAGGAUAAAGAGCGACAAGCCAGACGGGAGGCGGAGCGGAUAAGGAAGGAGGAAGCCGAUGCUCAUAGGAAAGCUGAGGAUGAAGCCAAGAAAAAGACAGUUCUGUCUAGCAUGGGAUCAGGCUUCAGCAGCCAUCUGCAAAGGGUCGACCAGAAGAGAGGCAAGAAGCAGACUGAAAGGGAGAAGAAGAAGAAGAUCCUGGCAGACAGAUGCAAACCUCUGGCCAUCGACAAUCUUAGCGACGACAGUUUGAGGGAAAAGGCGAAGGAGAUGUGGGCGAUGCUGCACAGCCUCGAGGAGAUUAAAUAUGACUACUGCGAGAAGCUCAAGAGACAGCGAUAUGAGGUCGUCUCUCUUAGGAACCGUAUUGACGAGCUCCAAAAACAUAGCAAGAAAGGAGCUGGCUUACGCCGCAGGAAGUAAUGAGCUCUCCGCCAGUAAGGCCGGACAGGAAACACGUUGCCAAUGCUGUGACCGGCACAUCUACGAAGAAACUGCAGCACCAGUACUAAAAACCACAACUGGACGUCUUAGCGCCUGUGUGUGCUUGUCUGGAUGGCUUUGGUUGCACUGAAGUACAGACAAAAGUCAUCACUGUAUUUGUAUAAGGUUGAUGGGACUGUCCAGAAAAUAAACAUCUGCAAUUAUUAA